AUGAAAUUCCUACACACCUUGGUCAAACAAAAGAUCGCACACGCCAUGAAGAUCAGUGAACCAGUUUUGUAUGAUGACGUUUGCCAGUCAAAUCCAAACAAAGACAAUAUCUUUGGUGGUGUGGACCAGGUCAAAGGCACUAUGAAUGAUGAAACCGUGUUAUCUCUGGAAAAUUUGGUUCAUAUCAAGCCAACCCCCGCGAGCCAGGCUGAGCAUAAGCUUGCCAAGACAAGCAUCCUGCAGGCUAUGGAGCAUCUGGGUGUACUACAAGAAAAGCGCAUGAUGGAUUUAUUCAAAAUAAAUCAUAAAUUGAUGCCAUUUCUAUGCUACGAUAACGUGGACAUACAGUUGAAGAUUCACAAUAGCUGUGUUGAUAAGACCACUCGCCUGUUCCACGGAACGUGGGGGUUCUUCAACGUUUUCCAAUCAGAACUUUUGGCGGAGUGUUCAACAGAGGAAUUGGGCCUGCCUUCGUUUGUGGAGGCCAUGGCUGCAGCAGACAAGAAGCCUGUUAACCUGGCUAUGUUCUGCCCCAAAGCUCCGGACAUGGAACAUUGGAAGUUAGUCAUUAAAGGCCAACUCGCCAAGGCUCUCAAGGAGUAUGUAGACCACAUACCCGGUUUGCCUGCGAAAACCCAGCUGCCUUCACUAAGGACGACACCGCCUCCUAUUGAUCCGAUUUCUAUGCAUAAACCAAACAUCCACUUCCUACGGAUGAUGGAAGUGCCGGAUUCUUCAGCGGAGGGGGUUUCCCGCGUGCUUGACAAGGUUCUUGCCCAAAUUGGAUUAGACAGUGGGACUUACGCGAAGCACCUGCUGGUCGCCGGGGGCGAUGUUGGUUUGAACCAGCUCGUGGAGAGUUUACGCAUUAAACACUUCCCUCCUAUUGAUUUGGUCAAGGGGUAUGAGUGGGUGUUGUCGAUCUUCGGAGGUGCGCACACCUCCUGGAAUUUCACAAAAAGCCUGUGGAAUCAUCAUUGGGGGGACCCCGCCAACAGGUUAGAUUCAGGAGUCUGGCAAACCAUGUUUGCUUUGGGGUUGGAGUACAAGAAGCCUGCCACAAUGCAGGACUUCAACAUUAUCAUGCAAUCCUGUCAAAUGGUCCAUAAAGCAAACCUUAUAUUUGUUAUCUCAGAAGUCCUUAGGUUUGGUUCAAUCAGAGUAAGGCACACUUAG